AAAAUUUAUUACCACAAUUUGUAUCCAUGCCACGAUGAGACCUGAUGAGCAUAAGAAGAAAAAGAACACACAGUAUAAAAAGAAACAUGGAAUAAAGUCAGGAAAAAAUGAAGCAACAGAAACGCAGCCGGAUGACAGAAAAAGAAAUGCCAGUAGUCGAAGGGGAGGCAAGAGUGCUGACGGAAGAGCGCGUGAAGUUGCUGCCCCGUUCGGAUUUCGAUCCGGACAAAGUUUUGGCCAAGCCUCAGAGAAAAAAUCUGAUUCCUCUGAUUCUGACACUGAGUCAAGUGAUCCAAGAGGCCCUGUGUAUGAGCGGCGGACAUUCAGCCGGCGACAGAUUGUCAGUAACUGGGACAAGUAUGAUCUGCCAGACCAGGGGGAGCAGUCUGCUGCAUCUCGGGGGGAGGACUUCAGCAGGCUGUUGUCUUCAGCAGGGGAUGCUUUCGCCCAGUUUCGAUUUAAGGAUGAGAGGGAUUGGGAAGAUGGACCCUCCCCUGCUGUUGAUAACAGUCAAAUUAUCUCCCUUGAUUGUCCAAGUUUAGCCAAAGCUGUUGACUGCAUACCGCUAUACCGGAGACUCGGGGUUGACAAGGACACUUUUACAGAAAACCAGAUCAUUCUUCAGGAUCUAGAAGCAAAGAAAAAACUUGAUUCGUAUUACAGCUCACCAGGUCUGCCAAAACCGAGUGAUAAGGAACACUCUGAUAGUUCACCUAUCUUAACAGAUACCACAGGAACAUGUAGUCCCAACCUGAAGCAGAAAGCUAAAGGGGAGAUAACUCUAACAGACUUAGUUAAUUCAACAAGCACUUCUCUGGACUUUAGAAAACCAGCUCCAGGUUUGUGUAAGGAUGGUGCACAGAGAACAGUGAAUGUAGGAAAUGUGAAAGUGGAAAUGGAAGAUCAAACUAAGCUAGAUGAUGAUUUAGACUUCCUGUUGUCCCUGGAUGCCCCUAGCAACAAGACACGGACAGCAGUUUCAUCACAGGAUAAGACUGGUACAUCUAAUCCAGUGACAACAGAGGCCCAAACCAAACCCAACUCGAGUACCAAAAUAAUUCCGUCUGCAGCCAAAUCAGGUGGUGUCAAGGAGGAGGACCUGGAGGAUUGGCUGGACAGUGUACUUGCUGACUGAUGACACCCUCACAGACAUAUCAGCCAUGUUCCUGACCAGGGGAGGGAGUGGUGGAGGGAAUCUGGGUUAUAAUUGGUCAAUGCUUGUCGUAAGUUGAUCAGGUGGUCAGUCCCGGUGACUUGAUUAUUUACAGGUCGUCCUCAUUCAGCUGGAAUGUUGCUGAGUGCGAUGUUGAACAACAAUCUGAUAAUAGUGUAAUAGAAUUUCAGAUUCACCCUGCUUAGAUCAUCUUCCAUAGGUGAGGGCGUUAGCUGACUAUAAAGUUCCAGUUUCCACCCUUGCCGAACUUGGCUGGAAUUCCGGAGUUAUAUUUUGACUGGACUAAUGACUCUAUGCAUAGUCCAAUCAAAACCGUAUAAUGAACUAGACAUCUGGUUUGAAAUGAGAAGACUGCAGAAUUUUCAAAGCAUGUGUACCGUCAACUGGGUGUCCACAGAUAUUUGCAAAUCUUUUCAUGUUUUUAAUCAAGGUGCUAAAGUGAUUUGUGCAAUUUGUGGGGAAAGACCCAUUUUAUUACACUACAUUUCUUGAUUAUCGAUCAGAACAUCUUGACUGGGUGUCGCCAUUUUGUUUGAAGCAAAUGCAAGUGAUAUGAGAGAUGGAAUCUGAUUGGUCAAUAGGAGGGACAUAGAAGGCCAUUGGUGGCGCUACGAUCGAGCCUGGAAAUUCCAGCCUAAUUUGGAAGAUGGCUUAGAUUCACUCAGCCCCCUGCUCAUGGGUUUCACCAAGUGGAUUAGUGUGUGGCCUAUAUCAUUAUGGGCUUUUGUCUACUCAUAAGCUGACUUGCCUUGAUGUAACUGAAUACUGUUUAUGGCAGGGUAAAACCAGACUCACUCACUGUGCCAGUAAGAAUUUAAAGUAUCAAUUGCUGUGUUAUUAUAUUAUUCUGUAUCGCUGAUCAUGCUGAAUAUAUGAUGGAGAUAGUGAAUUGUACACGGUGAUGUGCUGUAUGUAAAUAUAUACAUAUGUAAAUGCUUUGUAUUAAACGUGAUAAA